GCGGGCGGCUCCGGGAGCGGCAGCGCCGGCGGCACGGUGCCCCCCGCGUCCCCGAGGCUGCCCACGGCACUACCCCCAGCCUCGUCGGACCGGCCGGGACUCGGCGGCCCCGCGCCGGGGGCACUGCUCCGGACUCGCCCGCGGAGUUUGCCCGUCUGGAGCGGGGCUGAGCGGGAAGCACUGCCGCCGUCCUCGGCGUCCGGUGGAUGUCGUCUCCCGGAGCGUGAGAGAACUUCGCGGCGGCCCGGAGCACCUCGGGCAGAGAGGGAGCCCGCGGUCGGAGAAGAGGAACGCCGCGGGGCCAGGGCGCGAGCCGGGGCCGGAGCGGGGCGCAGUGGCCCGAUGCGCGCGAGAGAGGAGCGGCCGCGGGCGCUUCGACUCGCCCGCACGUAGUGGCCCGGGCUGACCGCGGCGCCGACUCACCCGGCGCACCUCCGCAUUCCGCUUCCCUCGUCCGCGACCGCCCACCGACCCGACCCGACCCGACCCGAUCCCUUGGCCUCGCCGGAGCCGUUGAGCGCCCGGCCGAAGACUCAACCCGAACCUGCGGGAGUUGGCCGGGGUCGCUGCUGGCUUGUUGGUGUGGGGCUCCCUGGGUCGCUGCGCCACCUGCCCCUCGCUGGUCGCCACAGCUGUCGCGGGAAAGCCGGAGCGGAGCGAGCCUGCCGACCCGUCGGAUCCCGAGGGGAGCACACCAGGCCCUCGCCCCAGCUCCGCGCCAGUAGCCGAGGCCCGCGGUGGGAGCGCGCCCGCGUCGCCGCGCACGUUCGCGGGCAGCCGGGGCGCGAUGUGGCCCUGAGGGCGGGAGGCCGUCUUUGCCCGACCAGGAGCCCGGUGUUGAUCCGGCUGGUGCGCCCCGCUCCUGCCUGCUCUCCUGGCUUAAUUCUCUUCGGUGGGAUUAAAGUUAGAGAUUGCGCGGAGAAUCGAGUUGUCCGGGAACAGAGCCUCGGCCGCCGCCAGAGCGAUGUUCCCGCAGAGUCGGCACCCGACGCCGCACCAGGCUGCAGGCCAGCCGUUCAAAUUCACGAUCCCGGAAUCUCUGGAUCGGAUUAAGGAGGAAUUUCAGUUCCUGCAGGCCCAGUAUCACAGCCUUAAACUGGAGUGUGAGAAACUGGCCAGUGAAAAGACAGAAAUGCAGAGGCAUUAUGUGAUGUAUUAUGAAAUGUCAUAUGGAUUAAAUAUUGAAAUGCAUAAACAGUACUGGGGAUCAAACUCAGGACCACCUGAUUGCAAGGCAGGUGCUUAUGCCGCUGAGCUAAAUCCCCAGCCCCUCCUACCUGAUGUUUUAAGUAAGACUGAGAUCGCCAAGAGAUUGAACACGAUUUGUGCACAAGUCAUCCCAUUUCUGUCUCAGGAACAUCAACAACAGGUGGCCCAGGCUGUGGAACGUGCCAAACAGGUGACCAUGGCAGAGUUGAAUGCCAUCAUCGGGGUACGUGGCCUACCAGGUCUACCUCCCACACAGCAGCAGUUGCAAGCUCAGCACCUCUCGCAUGGCCAUGGACCUCCAGUACCCCUCACUCCGCACCCUUCGGGACUGCAGCCUCCUGGUCUCCCGCCCCUGGGGGGCAGUGCCAGCCUUCUCGCACUGUCCAGUGCUCUGAGUGGGCAGUCUCACUUGGCAAUAAAAGAUGACAAGAAGCACCAUGACGCAGAGCACCACAGAGACAGAGAGCCGGGCACAAGUAAUUCUCUCUUGGUUCCAGACAGUCUAAGAAGUACAGAUAAACGCAGAAAUGGACCUGAAUUUUCCAAUGACAUCAAGAAAAGGAAGGUGGAUGAUAAAGAUUCCAGCCACUAUGACAGUGACGGUGACAAAAGUGAUGACAACUUAGUCGUGGAUGUGUCUAAUGAGGACCCUGCUUCCCCUCGUGCAAGUCCUGCCCAUUCACCCCGGGAAAAUGGAAUUGACAAAAACCGCUUGCUCAAGAAAGAUGCAUCCAGCAGCCCAGCGUCCACGGCCUCUUCGGGAAGUUCUACCUCUUUGAAAUCCAAAGAAAUGAGCUUGCAUGAAAAAGCCAGCACGCCUGUUCUAAAAUCCAGCACACCGACGCCUCGGAGCGACAUGCCAACGCCGGGCACGAGCGCCGCUCCAGGACUCCGGCCAGGCCUCGGCAAGCCGCCAGCCAUGGAGCCCCUCGUCAAUCAAGCGGCAGCUGGCUUGCGGACACCUCUGGCAGUCCCUGGCCCGUAUCCCGCGCCCUUUGGAAUGGUGCCCCAUGCUGGCAUGAAUGGCGAGCUGACCAGUCCUGGCGCUGCCUACGCCGGCCUGCACAACAUGUCGUCCCAGAUGAGUGCUGCCGCCGCUGCCGCUGCCGUCGUGGCCUACGGCCGCUCCCCCAUGGUUGGGUUUGAUCCUCCGCCCCACAUGAGAGUACCUACCAUCCCUCCCAACCUGGCAGGAAUCCCCGGGGGUAAACCAGCCUACUCCUUCCACGUCACUGCGGAUGGCCAGAUGCAGCCGGUCCCCUUCCCCCCAGACGCCCUCAUCGGACCUGGAAUCCCCCGCCAUGCCCGCCAGAUCAACACGCUCAACCACGGAGAGGUGGUGUGCGCGGUCACUAUCAGCAACCCCACGAGACACGUGUACACGGGCGGCAAGGGCUGUGUCAAGGUGUGGGACAUCAGCCACCCUGGCAACAAGAGUCCGGUCUCCCAGCUGGACUGCCUGAACAGAGAUAAUUACAUCCGCUCCUGUAAAUUGCUGCCUGAUGGCUGCACCCUCAUCGUGGGAGGGGAAGCCAGUACUCUGUCCAUCUGGGACCUGGCGGCUCCGACCCCGCGCAUCAAAGCAGAGCUGACGUCCUCGGCCCCCGCCUGCUAUGCCCUGGCCAUCAGCCCCGACUCCAAGGUCUGCUUCUCGUGCUGCAGCGACGGCAACAUUGCGGUGUGGGACCUGCACAACCAGACACUGGUGAGGCAAUUCCAGGGCCACACGGACGGAGCCAGCUGUAUUGACAUUUCCAACGACGGCACCAAGCUCUGGACGGGUGGCUUGGACAACACGGUCAGAUCCUGGGACCUGCGCGAGGGGCGGCAGCUGCAGCAGCAUGACUUCACCUCGCAGAUCUUCUCCCUGGGCUACUGCCCGACUGGGGAGUGGCUGGCCGUGGGCAUGGAGAGCAGCAACGUGGAGGUCCUGCAUGUGAACAAGCCUGACAAGUACCAGCUGCACCUCCAUGAGAGCUGUGUGCUGUCCUUGAAGUUCGCUUAUUGUGGUAAGUGGUUUGUGAGUACUGGAAAAGACAACCUCCUCAACGCGUGGCGGACCCCUUACGGAGCCAGCAUCUUCCAGUCCAAAGAGUCCUCGUCAGUGCUGAGCUGCGACAUCUCUGUGGAUGACAAGUACAUAGUCACUGGUUCCGGGGACAAGAAGGCCACCGUCUAUGAAGUCAUCUACUGAAAACAUGGCUUAACAUUACAGUUGAAUUGGGCCAAAAUGUUUGAAUUUGUAGAAAUAGAGAAGUUGUCACUUCAAAAGAAAAAACCACAUCCAAGAACAUAAAACCCAGUUUCCAGACCCUGACACAAUCCUCUGAGUCUACAAAGAGGCACGAUGAGGCCACUGCUGUCGCCGGCUGCCUGCCUAGCCCUGGGAGCAUCACUACAGCGCAGACCUGGCCGGGCGCAGGCUGAGGAACAGACCUGCAAUUCCAGCUGCGCCCUGCCUUCCCUGGGAUCUGAGGCCUGUGCCUUGCAGUGUGAGGCUACUUUCUGUUCUGUGCAGCUCACCUCGAGUUCUGUCCUUCAUCGAGCAGUGGUGUCUCCAAUGAACCUGUUUCCUGGUUUUGCAUCUUGUGAAAUGUUUUUUUGUAUUUUUGUUGAAGGUUAAACAUUUGUAUAAAUUGUAAAUAUAUUUGGUUUAUUACAGUAAAGGCUUUAGUACCAAUAA